AUGGCGACGCGGGAAAAACAUACCGCAUCUCCUCCAACCAGCCCAGCUCCCUCUGAGUACUCUAAUGUAUCCCAAGACACAUCACUGGAGGCAGACAUUAAAGCUUUGCUGAAAAACUUACCUUCCAGGGCUGACUUGGCCGCAAUGCUCG